CCUACUAACACUACUAACUUAGCAUAGAAUUUUACGCGGAGGCCGGCUAGACGUCUUCACUCUUCACAUCACCUGAAACUGCUUCCAUGGCUUCCUUCUCCUCCGCAGCUAUAAUCUGUCGGAUCAGGUUGGAUUGAUCUGAAACAGGCAAGAUUUCACCAUGGCUGCAGCUCAGUUCGCUUGCAGAAUGUGAUCGGUGUGCUUGAUUGAUCAGAAGUUGUUCCCGGUUCUGAUUUGGUUGGGGAGAUGGGAUGUUUCCCUUGCUUCGGAUCGGAGGUGGUGGAUUUCCAUGCACGUGAUGAGGGGGAUGCGAAGAAGGAAGAAAAACCUAUGGUGGCUCCCCGUGUGAGAAGGCUAUCUUCCGGAUCCGAUAGGUUUAGGACCCGAAGCAAUUUAGGGAGUAAAAGGGAGACAUUAACUGUGAAGGAUGGGUCUGGUGUGGCUAUAUCUGCUCAAACAUUUACAUUCAGGGAGCUUGCAGCUGCAACUAAGAAUUUUAAGCCUGAGUGCUUCUUGGGUGAAGGGGGGUUUGGCCGAGUUUAUAAAGGUUAUUUGGAGAGCACAGGACAGACAGUAGCUGUAAAGCAGUUGGACAAGGAUGGGCUACAAGGAAAUAGAGAAUUCCUUGUGGAGGUCCUCAUGCUUAGUUUGUUACACCAUCCAAACCUUGUUAGUUUAAUUGGUUAUUGUGCUGAUGGAGAUCAACGACUUCUUGUAUAUGAGUUUAUGCCACUAGGAUCUCUAGAAGAUCAUUUACAUGAUCUUCCACCUGAUAAGGAGCCUCUGGACUGGAAUACAAGAAUGAAAGUUGCUGCAGGUGCAGCCAAAGGGUUGGAGUACCUCCACGAUAAAGCAAACCCUCCUGUUAUCUAUCGAGACUUCAAAUCUUCCAAUAUAUUGUUGGAUGAAGGUUUCCAUCCAAAGCUCUCUGAUUUCGGGCUCGCGAAGCUAGGUCCAGUUGGUGACCAGUCUCAUGUUUCAACUAGAGUAAUGGGGACAUAUGGUUAUUGUGCUCCGGAGUAUGCCAUGACUGGGCAGUUAACAGUUAAAUCUGAUGUGUAUAGCUUUGGAGUUGUUUUCCUAGAACUUAUUACUGGAAGAAAAUCUAUUGACAGCAGCAGGGCACAUGGAGAACAGAAUCUUAUUCCUUGGGCUCGGCCGAUGUUCAGUGAUCGAAGAAAGCUCUCUAAACUCGCCGAUCCUCGGCUCCAAGGCCGGUAUCCGAUGCGAGGGCUCUACCAAGCACUAGCUGUGGCCUCCAUGUGCAUCCAGGAAGAAGCAGCCGCUCGCCCGCUCAUCGCCGAUGUUGUAACUGCACUAUCUUAUCUUGCAUCCCAAACAUCCAGCCACCACCCUGAGGACCAGCGAAGCCGUGGGUCGAGGGAUCGAGAAAGUCAGGAGGAUGGGGGCAAAUGGGAUGCCUAUGCCCUCGAAAAAGGCGAUUCUCCGAGAGAGAUUGCUAACAUAAUGAACAAGGAAGUCGACCGGGAUAGAGCGGUGUCUGAGGCGAUGAUGUGGGGAGCAAACUGGAGGGAGAAACAACGUGCCGCAACCUCCAGCGGCGCUGCUGCCGCCGCCGCCAAUCAGGUAACCUUUGAUACAUUGAAUGUGAAUGAAUAGAGAAAUUUGCAUUCUUGAAUUUACAGAUUGAUCUAGGAGGUUAGAUUAUGUGAAAGCCUUUCUGUGUUUUUUAGUUUAUGGAAAGGGGAAGGAGCUGGGAAAGGGGGAUGAUGGGAGAUAGGGUUUGGUCUGUAUUUUGCAAAUAAAUGAGGUGAGGUUUGUGGUGCAAAAAUGAUCUUUUGUUGGUAGUGUGUGAUGGGAAUUUUUGUGGUGAGGAAAAAUCAAUGAUAUAUUUCAUUUUGGCCCUUGAAAUUAAAUGUUUUUAUUAU